UUUCAGAGCUGGUCGGUGGUCAACACAGCUGUGCUCACGGGUCGACAGGUGUCAAGGGCGAUGAAAGUUCUUAUCGUGUCACAAGCAGGAAAGGUUGCAGAUGUCACCUUGCAGUCUUCGUGCAACUGUACUGAUAAAGCAGCACUAAAGGUAUCCGCCUCCUGUACCUCGGUCUACAUGGACGGUUCGGAAGUCCGCGGGAGCCACAACGCGACGGUGAUCGCUCGUUACGGCGAGCGGUCCGGCGUCGCCUCCUUCACCGUCUGGAUGCCUGAGCUGCCCCUCACCGUGCACGUCGGGGAUACCAAGCUGUCGCAGGUGAGGGGAUGGCGCGCCCCUGACCCCGCCUCCCCAGGGGCCUUCGCGCUCAAGAUGCCUGCGGGAGGAGGAGCAGCCAGCGACGAGGACCUGUCCCUGGCGCCGCAGGAAGACCCCGCUUCGCCCCCCGCCUCCGCGUCCUCGUACUCAGGGGCGUGUUCCGUGCGCUAUCAGCAGACGCCCGUGCAGGUUUACGGCCGCUUCGUCGCCGUGGACGACAACAGCGGCCGCCACUCGUACCUGCUGUCCCGCCGAGCGCAGGUUCGCGUGACGGAGCUGGUGGCGCACCUGCUUCGCGUCGCCGAUACCUCCGUGGCGAUUCUCAACCACACGACGCUCAUGGGACGCUCGCCGGGUCGCACCGAGGUCCAGGUCCUCUCGCCAAUCAGUGGGCGUGUGAUCGGCACCCGCGAAGUGAGGGUGGGUUCUGAUAAGGUGUGGGUGACCAAGUUGCGGGCGGCCGUUAUCUCUGGCCUGACCUUGUCCCUACAGCCCGACGCCCAUUUGCCCGAUGGAUAUUCUGCUAUCACAGCGGUCACGCCCGUGCUCACGGCUAAGUAUCAGGAGGGCCUCGUGGACGUGUGGGUGGAGAUGAGUGACAGCGUGGUCAUGCCCCUGAAGGAGGUCCCUGCCAACCACUACGUCCUUCGCGUUCGGUCCCUCGAUCCGGGUGUCGUGGCCGUCGCUCCCUCGCCCAGGACCGCCCAGCCGAGGAUCAUCGCCAUAGGGCACGGCGAGGGGGAUCUGCUGGAGGUGAGCCUCGAAGUAGCCGACGAGUGCGAGAGGCGAAGGUCGUCCUUGGCCAACACCAACGUGCACGUCAAGGUCGACCUCGGCACGACUCCCCCUCCACCCCCGAUCGACCCCGAGGAGGAGGACGACGUCGACCUCCACGAGACUAUCCCCGACGACCCGAUGCAUCACAAGCUUAAGGUUCACGUGUCGGAGCUGCCGCACGCGGACGCCGCCGCGCCGCAGAACCACCUGAUGCUGAUGGCGGAGCAGCCGCAGCAACCCACUCUGCAGAUGCGGCUGCACCCGCCGCGCCACGGGGGCCCCACGCCCCUCGAGGUGGGCAUGUACGUCCUCCUGGCCGUCUUCGGCGCCGCCCUCGUGGUGUUCGCCGCCUCCUGCGUUGUGUACACGUGGCGCGUGCGCGUCGGCAAGCCCAUGCUGGCGCCGCACCAGCUGCACGUCGCGCGCACCGCCCUCCACAACAACCACGACUCCGUCACCAACGCCCACGACUGGGUGUGGCUCGGCCGCGCCACCCUGGAGCGGGCCUCGGGCAUCAGCCUGUCCCCGCCCGCGUCCCAGGCGGGGCCCGGCCUCGUGCCCCUCAGCGACCUGAACGGCAACAGCCAGCAGCAGCAGCUCCAGCAGCAGCAGCAGGAGCAGCAGUCCGCCUGGCUGGAGUACCACCGGCUGUCGCGCGGGCUGGAGCGCAACGCAGCGCCCGUCAACAUCACGGAGAACCCCGCCGCCGACGAGGAGGAGAGCGAGCUCACGCACUCGUCGUGCCUCACCGGCUCGUCCACCUUCACGCGCCCCGCCCGCAACGGCCGCCGCGUCACCUUCAACAACCUGGGCGACGACGCGGCCGCCUCCAGCAGCGAGGAGGAGCGGCCGCCCGUGCCGCCGCACCGCAACAUCGGCGUGUCGGCCAACGGCAACCUCGACGGGCCCGACGGCCGGCUGCACGACCCGCGCGCGCGCCACGACGACGCCAACCCGCCGCCCGUGCCGCCCCACGGCGUCAACGUGAUCGCCAACCCGCUGGAGGACGGCUACUCCAGCCGGCCGGGCCUCAGCCCCCAGGACUCGCUCGCUCUCGGCCAGCUGCAGCAGGCGUACGCCCAGGGCCACCUGCUGCACCCCGCCCACAUACACCGCCGCCCCCUGGACGCCGACAACGACAGCGCCCUCGCCGACCCCAAGUUCGUGGAAGUAAACGCCGACGACUUCGUGCGGCUGCGCGGCGUGUGUCGCGGCCGCGCGGCGCAGGUGCGGCGGGCGACCAUCCUGGAGAACCCGCUGCUGUCGUCCGCUCUGCCCGACAACUUCAGCGUCACCGACCACCUCGAGAACCUCCCGCCCUCCAUGGACUACGACCAGAUCAUGGAGUACUUCUCCAACCUCAAGGAGUCCAACGCCUGAGCCUAAACUUCUCGGGUCGUGUGGCGUGACCUGAAGGACCUCGAGCUCCUCCUGGUCGUAGCGGCCUGUCCCUCGCCCUCCCCCCUGCUCGCCCCCUCGCCCCCGGCCCCCCUCCUGACGGCGGCUUGCCUUCACAGCCCCGAGGGACAGGCCUCCCUAGCAGGUGCGCCCAGUGACGGACCCUCCCAGGUGCCGGCAGAGGGGGUGGGAGGGCCUCCCCCGCCCUCGUGUCUCGUAGGCCCUGGGACGGAGACGGACGACCUCACAGGCCUAAAGAAAUUCGGCAACUGCACGAACUCGAGAAAACUUUCGCUCUGUGCUUGGAGUCAUGCAUGCGAUGGACGUCUGCCAUGCACGCUGUACAUUACUCUCAUACAGAAUAUGUCAACGUCAUAAGUCGUAAACAAAACAAGGUUAUAAUACUCCAGUGGUACAGAGAUCUUUAUAAGAUGAAUAUAAUAAGAUGUAUAUCAUUGUUCACGUGUACAUCAUAGGCUAGGACUAUAUGUAAGCUAUACGUGUGUUAGUUGUGUUGAGCCUGCAUGUUCUACUGGUGCAAGGCAAAAGCCCAGACUGCGUAUAAGAUAUAAAAAGUGUGUUUGGCUUAGCACAGGUAUAUAUGAUUUUAGAGAUCCGUACAGCUUCGGCAGUUGUGUAUGGUAUAUCCACAUCACCAGGUAUGUGCAUGUUACAGCUAAGCAUAUUUGGUUGGACCACAUGUGUACAACAUAGUUAGGUAUGUACAUCAUAGCCCGAUGUAUACAACAUAGGUGUUGACGACAUCAUAGCUAGGGUGUGUAACAGCAUAGCUAGGUUUGUCUGAUAUAUCCACAAAUGUUCAACCAAAAAAAAACAAAAAAAAACAGCUGUAUGCCAUAGCCAGGUAUAUGUCUUAAUUUACCAGAAUAACUCUGUCUCGUGUCCAGUAUGUACAACCGUACACCGGACCGUCAUUGUGUGUCAGGAGAUGCCACACCUUCGCAGGGUACACUCAGCUGUACGGAGAACCUGCCUCAGGUGCGAAGCGAACGCACACUCGCCUGGUGUUUUCGUCUGUGAGUUAUGCACGUAUAUAUGUGUGUGUGUCCUGUCGGAAAGCCAGAUGUCUCGCUGUCUCUCUGUCUUUAGAAGCGUCUUAGCGUUGACAUAGAUGGACUUCUAACGGUCACAUAACGAGAUAAACAUGGUAUUGGAAUUGGUAGAGAAUAAGAGCUAAAACAAAACAAAACAAAAAAAAAAGAAUAAAAAAAAUUGCAAAGGUGAUUCAUCUUCAUCACCUUGGCAUAGACGAUGGUGAUGAUGCAUAGUUUACACUUCAGCUCAAUAAUUUAACUUGCAAUAAUGCUACCCAUUUCUGCAGCGAAGCGCUAAUCUUGACUCCCCCCCCCACACCCAUCCCUCCAACCCUAUCUCCCCUUAACCCCCCUCCCACACCCCCUUCCCUGCCCCCCCUGCCCCCCCCUCCCUUUAAUUAAAUAAAUUUAGGACUUGCGUGUAACGUGAUUCAUGUGUCUUGCCACAAAAAAAAAAAACAUUCUUAUAUACGUAUAAGAUAUGUAAAAUAACAAAACAUAUAAAAACAAUUUUUUUACCAAUUUCAUUCAUGUUGCAAGGAUUUAGCAACAUCCUUCAGCAUUUGGCAAGAAGAUUACAUACCUCACUGCAGAAUUGCUAUAUACGUAAAUUUAACUGAUCUCUUUAGCAUAAAAAUAAUAACUAUAAUACUAAUGAUAAUGAUAAUAAUAAGACGAAGAUCUUCAGACUUCAAAGAAAAGCACUUUUGCAUAUCUGCUCCUUUGUCUUUAUCGUAGGAGCAGCCACAAGACUUAGUAAGACUGUUUUUGUUUUUUGUUUUGAGUCUUUGUUCACAUCCCUUUCUGCCAAGGAUGAUGGUAGACCAGCCUUCUCCAUGUACCAAUUCUAUACCAAGUAGGCCUCUUGUACUCACUUCAGACUUAGGUCUACUUGAAAUGACUUAACAAUUCUCGUCCGAUGAAGCUACGUGUCGGGAAAGGAUUUGGUGUCGUGGUAUUUUUCAACUCGGAAGAAAAAGAUUUGGCUCCGUUGGUUUAGGAAGUUGCAGCGAAGUGGACGGAACUGUGUCGGAUCUAAUGUCUACCUCUUUCUCCUAUUUUUUUAGUGGGGGAUGAUUAAAUAAAAUAAAAAGAUAUUGCGAUCUUGUCUCGUUAGUAACAAAGAAGAAAUAAAUAAUUGAAGUAGGUAGGCUGGUUAAAGACGCGUUGAAUAGAAAGAAGAAAGAGGAAUCAUAAAUUUGGUAAUGGAGGUUAACGGUUCGAAGUUGGUAUUCCGAAGAAAAAAAAAAAAAAAAACAUGGCGUUUUUGUCAUAGUGUCGGAGUAAGAUGAAAGCGUAUUCAUUAGUGUAAAAAACAACAAACAAACAAACGUGUGUAUUUAGUUUAACAUAGCCUGGAGGGAGAAAAAAAAUAUAUAAGCUGGGAGAGUCCGCCCAGAAUAGAUUCUAGUCUUCUGUUUCCCGUUAUAUUUAACAAGAUGAAUUCCCCCUCUUAUUUCUUGUAUUUAUUUAUUUAUUUAUCUGUAUUCACCAACCUCUCUCUUUUUUAUUAUUAUUUUUUUUUUUUUUAUGUUGUUCAAGGGUGGCUGUAGCUCCUGCCAGAUGGGAGAUGUUAACCACAGUUCCUAGUUGCUCUUACCAACCAUAGAUGGCGUGGUGUGCAAAGUUGAUGAACUGAGUCGUUGUUUCUGGUGCUGAAAAAAAAAAAAAAAAUAACACCCACUCGAUGUCUUUUCUUCCCAAUAGAUGGCGCCUUUCGCAAGGGUUGGAAUUCUUUCUUGUUUGUUUAAGAUAUAUUUUUGUUCACUUAUCUACACAUUUAUUUCGUGUAGUCAGGAUUUAGGAUGAUAAACCUAAUUUUGAUAUAAUGAUACUAUUGUUUUCAUAGUUUUGUAAUAUUUUUUUUUUUUUUUUUUACUUUUGAUAUAGACAUGUUAUCCAUCUUUGUAAAGAAUGGUAAUUUUUUUCUUUCUUUUUUGAUACAGAGUAGAUCAUUUAGCGUGUAAGUAAUCCCUCUAAAUUUGAGAUAAUGGUGUUAUUUAUUCAUUUAUCUCUUUAAAUACAGUGUAUGUUAAUUGUGUGAUAAAAUUCAUGCAAAGUUCAAAGUGUCAACAGACCCCCCCAAAAAAACUCUUUUGUGUUAUUAGUUUUAAAAAUGAGGACUUUAUUUUAGGAUUUGAACUGUUAUUUAAUUUACUGUUUUACAAUUUUGCAAAUGCCUUUUUAUACGAAGUUUUUGUUUUUCUUUGUUUUUUUUGUUUUUUUUUUAACGUUUGAACUUCUAGCUACAUUACAUUUUUUUUUUUUUUCGACAAUUGUAAGUUACUUCGAUUCUUUUUCUUUUUGUACUUGACUAGCCUUACUUAUAAAAAUAAUAGUAGUAAUAAUAGCUGAACAUAUAAGCAUAAGAAACAAAUCACUUAUUUAUACUCAUUAACUUUCACUCUCACGGUAAUUUUUAUGUCUAUAAUUUACAGAUGAAAGUAUAUAUUUAAAUUUUAUGUGAGAUGUAAAAAGGAACAUUUCAGUUAUAGUGAAUUGACUAAGUAACUUUACGUCGAUAUUUCUAUGAUCUAGUCAGAAUAAAGAUGAAUUUUAGAAUGCGUCGGGAGGAGGAAGAAGAAGGAGGAGGAGGAGGAGAAGGAGGAAAAAUAACAUCUUAUUUUAUUUUUCUACCAUUUCCGUAGCGAAAAGAUAAUAAUUAUUAACGAAGAAGAAAUCUCUAGAAGCUGAGAGAAGCGUUCGGAACAUCAGCUGAUUUGAGGAGAGAUUUCCAAAUAAUUUCGGUUAUUACUAAGUGAAUAUACGAAUGAUAAUUUUACAGUACAAUUUGUUGAAUAUAUAUAAAAAAAAAAAAAAGUUCCUUUCUUUCCGGGACCUUUUAUGAAAGUGCGUUCUCAAUGAAAUCAGACUCAUUUCAAGCCCGAUCUGUGAUGGACUGGGUCUCAAGUUUAGCCUUUUCGAACGCGUCUCACAAUACCCCUACCCCCCCUUCCCCCCCUCCGAGCUAUGGUGUGAAAGCCAACCAUACUGUCGAGUACAGUGUUGUGAAUCCUAAAUUGCAAACGGAAUGAUAGCUAUAAUGAAUCAUUAUUACAUCGUACUGAACUGAGGAUACAGUAAUUACAUACUUUAGCUACUAUAGUGAAUUUAGAAUCAUCGCUAGUGAUAUAUUUCUAGUACUAGUGUAGCUGUAACGUUUUCUUUUUAUUGUUUAUACUCCUUGUUCAAAGACUCAUGGCUAUACAGGUUGGCGGGAUUCCUGAGUUGCCAUUGGCGGAGAGGGUCAGCAUUGUCACGGGAUUGGUUCACUACUCAGCGCGAAGAACCAAUCAGGGGAGAGGAUUUUUUCUUUCGAUAGACCGUUAGUCCCCCAGUCAUAAUUCGAAGCAACCAAUCAGAGGAGGAGAAAGCAAGGCACCAAUCACAACGCAGAUUUCCCUCGACCCUUUGCCGCCAAAAGUUUGAAAGACGCUCUGCCAUUGGUGGACUCAGGAACGCCCUCCAAACCCUCUAGUGCGUAGUCUCCAAUAAGCAGUGUGGAUGUGCUGAGGUGAUCAAAUAAAAAAUGCAUUUAAUUCGCGAUUGUACACGUGGGACUGGAUUAUCCAUUUUUUUUGAAAGACGACAAACUCUCUUGCCGGCGCUGGAUUAGACACGAAUCAGGGAGGAAGAAGACAGAAUAAAGAUAAAAAUAAGAGUAGAUAUCUCAACGUGGGAACAACAGUGUCCGUUGAAAAGAACUUUGCAGUAGAUGGAUCUCGAUUACAAAUUCUCCUGGGACAUUUUGAUAUUCUUUGACCAACACACACACAGUGCAUGCAUAUAUAUAUAUAUAUAUAUAUAUAUAUAUAUAUAUAUAUAUAUGUAUAUAUAUAUAUACUCAUACAUAUAUAUACAUAUACAUAAAUAUAAUAUAUGUAUGUAUAUGUAUUUACAUGUAUUUAUUUAUUUAUAUCUAUGUGUGUAUGUCUGUCUAGAUAUGACACAGGCCACACCAAAAUAUCUGCAUGAACCGUACUUGGUCCUCUUGACCUUCCUUGACCUCUCCCCCUGACCCUUGUCUCGGGUGACCUCAUGCCUUACUGGGUGACAGAGAACCUGACCUCCAGGAUGACCUUUUGGGAAGCUUAAAUGACCUCCUGCCAGGCUACCUGAGCUGGUUUUCUCUGAGCAUGGCUAUAAAGUCAGGUCAAGUCACGUCAUAUUACUUGUGACGUGAAAUAAAGAGAGUGUAAUAGAAGAUAUAUAAGUUCUGAUUAUAUACAUGAUUGCAUGUUAUAGACGUUAAUUAUAGAAUGAUUAAUGAUCUUAAUAAUAGAACAAUUAAAAACAGGCUUAUUGUACAUCUUAAUACAAUUCACCGUCGAAAAAAAUAUGUUUAGGAAUUUAUAAUAUACCAUGGGUUAAGCAAGUUUGAACUCUAUACACCCCUUACUUAAAGCUCGAAAUUGAUUGUUCGUGUAUAAUUGCAGCGUCACCGGCGCCCUUUUCCUAGGAGAGAAUUGUAAUAGUUUUAUCUAUUAUGUCUAUUUGUUUUUUGUUUAUUUGUUCACUUAUUUGUAAUAGUCCAAAUUUGUGUUACAUUAAUUUGUGUUUUUCAUUUUAUGUAUAUAUUUAUUUUUUAUUAUUAUUUAGAUAUUUCUCUUCAUUGUGUCAUCAACCCUUUCUUAUUCCUGUGAUGAUGACGUCAUUUCCGCAUUGCACGUAAAUGCGAGUUAGAAAUAAUAAUAGGAAUAAAAUGUAUACUUUGGAUGUCGAGCUACGGUGAUCAUUAUAUUUUGAAAUUGUGUCUCAUUGAUGUAAUAAAAAAAAACAUUUAAAAUGAUGUUAUCUGUCUUGCAGAGCUGUUGGCGCGUGGUGGUUGUUUAUGUGUAAAUUAUAUUUCCAUAUUUUAUCGUCUUCUUGUGUCGGAUCUAACGUCUCAAAGCGUCAGAGUUUGGUGUUUUUUGGGAAAAAAAAAACUUAUGAGAGCGUAGAAAAUACUAUCUAUAUUACUUUUCGUUUCUUAUAUUCAUUAAGGGAAAUAUUUAAAAAAAAAAAAAACGGACUAUGUUACGUUGAAUGUGUGUACUAAAUAUAAAGAAUAUUCUGGUCACUGUGUCAAUCAAAUGAGGUGUCAGUCCGAGAGACACGCCAUUACUGGAGGAAAGUUGUGAAAAUGUGCCGGAUCUGUUCCCGCAGUGCGUCCUCAGGUCUGGUCUCCUUUUCAGACUCACUAGUGUGCGAAAACAGGCCAACAAUGACAACAAUACAUAAAAAAAUAUAUAAAUGUGUGUCGUGUCUAGUCUAUUGCAGCCUAGAAUGCUUGCAAUAUCUUCACAAAAGGGGCCUGGUGAUCUUCGCAAACUGUGUUGGAUCUAGUCAUUUCCUAAUGUAUGGGCGCGCUCUGGUUUGCACUGCAACAUGUGCUAGAAUUGGGCAUUACCACAAUAUGUGUAGGAUCUAGUCAUUAUCAUAGUGUGUGUUAGAUCUCGUCAUCAUUACAUUGUUCGCUGGACCGAGUUAACAUUGAAAAGCAUUGAAAAAAUAUAUAUAUAUAAUGCUGACUUUGUCCACAAUGACAAUGUGUGAAGAAUCUUGUCAUCACCGCAAUGUGUGCUGGAUCUGGUCACCAACAAAAUGUACAGUUGGUAGUAAUGUAAGGAUGUGAAAUAAAAAUCUUUACAAUAAUA